CAACUCAUACACAUACGCACAACGAACUGAGAACGUCAAUACCACUUACCAAAUCAAGUUCAGGAAGGAUGGCGAGGCUCCUGGUUGCACUGGUGUGUGCGUACUUGACAACGACCGUCGGAGCUAGUCUCCGGCUUGAGCUCAGUCGGCUGGAAGCGAAGGCAAGUUCACUUGCAACCGUGCGUAGGGCGAUCGCGCCCGUCCGCUGGAGGCAAGGAUGGCACGUCACCGAGUACCGGAUCGGCGACCCUCCGCAGCCGGUCCAAUCCAUUAUUGAUGUCGGCAGCGGCCUGGUGUGGACGCAGAGCGCGACGUGCCACCCCCGCUGCAUCAGCCAGGAUCUCGACUGCUACAACCCCGACCGGUCGCGCUCCGCGCACAGCGUGCCUUGCGACAACAGGACGCUGUGCGCCGCGGCGCAUGCUGGUCGAUGCACGGGCCACAACGCCGCCUGCACCAUCAUGGCCAAGAACGGCGCCGAAGGCAUUGAGCUCUGGGACCUCGCCGGAGAUCUCGGCGUGGACGUGUUCACCUUCGGUUCUGAGAAGGUAACAAUCGCGUUCGGACGCAUGCGUGAGAUUAAACUAUUCAAGCCAGAGAUCUUAGGGGGAGCUUCCGGCGUCAUCGGCCUCGGGAAGGGACCGCUCUCGCUGGUCUCCCAGCUCGGGCACACCAAAUUCUCCUACUGCUUCACCGAGGACGUCAACGCCACCAGCCACUUGGUCAUCGGUUCCUCCGCCGUCCUCGGCGACGGGCCAGUAACAUCCAUACCGUUCGUCGUCAACCCGAGCGAAGAGCCCUACAACACUUUGUACUACGUACCUCUGAUUGGGUUGUCAGUGGGUAACGUCAGACUGGCUAUCCCUACCGCGGCGUUCAACAUGCGGCGGGCCUCGCCAUGGCUGUGGACCGGCGGAACGAUCAUCGACUCCUGCAUCGAGACCAUGUUCCUCGUCGACGUGGCAUACAAGGCGCUGAGGCAGGAGGUGGCGAGGCAGAUGGACAGCAGUCUCCUGCCGACGACGAGCGAGUGGCCGGAGUACUGCGUCGACCGCUGGGAUGUGGGUGCGGUGCCGCCUUUAGUGCUGCACUUCGGCGACGGCGCAGACUUGGUGCUGCCAGCGACAAAUUACUGGAUGCCGCUCGCGGAUGACAGGACGUGCAUGGUCGUGUACAGCUCGGCGGAGAGGAAUACGACGCUGCCGAUGAAUGAGACGACGGUCAUAGGCAGUUACAUGCAGCAGGACAUGCACGUUCUCUACGACAUCGGUAAGGGCGAGAUCUCUUUCCAGGCAGCUCACUGCAGCUCCAUGUAAUCGACUCGACGUACCAACGCAAGCCUACCUAUAUAUACUAUAUAUAUAUAUGCUCCCUCCAUUCUUAAAAGACUUACAUUUAGAAACGGAGAGAGUACUACUUAAGUCAAUAUAAGUGCCCAAUUAAUAGUUAAGCAGUUCAUGCUUUAUAAGUGGCAUGGAGUUGUAGUCCUGCGCACCUCGGCUGGGAGCCAAGGACUGCGCUGUAUUUACUGUACGAUGUUACACACUUACACUGUGAUGUUAAAUAAGUGAGAAAAUAAAAAAGAAGGAAGAAAACGACGCAAAUUUACAGCGUCACAA